AUGUCUGUCGAUAUCUCGAUUUCAGACUAUCUUAGCAUCCGCAAUGUCGCCUUUGAAUGGGCAGAGAGCUACGACACUAAGGACUGGGGCCGUCUGAAAGAAUGCCUUGCACCCUCGGUCCGGCUAGACUUUCGCAGUCUCCGUGGAGCAUACCAUGAGAACCUAAACCCGGAAGAAUACUCGAAAAUCCUCAUUGGCAUGAUCGGAGACAAGCGAUUGAAGACGCAGCAUUUCCUUGGCGCGGGACAAUGGGAGCUCCAGAAGGACGGUCUUGUCCGCGUCGCGUGGCAGAUCCGGGCAGCCCAUCAGCGAUAUGCCGAUGAGACUCUCGCAGAGGUGAUCAACCAUGGGCAUGGCCACGGUGUCACCACUCAUUGGUACCAGAAGAUUGACGGGGUUUGGAAGCUGGAGGGCGUCGCACCUAGACUUGACUUUGCCGAGUAUGACAUCUUCGGCACUCUUGCUUCGCCUGAAGCAGCUAAUUAA